CACCGUCAACAUCAGCUGUUUCAGUCUCGACUAGCCGCUAACUACUAUGCUAGCAAACAGGUUGCAUAGCCAAACCAAACCAUUACUGGCGUAUUCACAAGUUGCACUGUUACAAGAACGAGUUUGUUAAGACAUGGAAGCCCGUGUGAACUUACGAAGACGCGACUACACUUAGGAGAGCCUCAACAUGGACAAGGAGAGCAAAUGGUCACCUACCGUCCAUACUCUGGACCACAAACACCUGAGGAGACAGACUGAAGAGCCCUCAACAUCACCUCUGAUUCUACCAAAUCCUUAUGGCUCGCAUCAGAAUUCAAUAGGGGGCCAGUCUGGUCCAAAGCCGACUCUGAACUUAGGAGAAGGGUCAAGGAGCCAUGGCUACCUCAACAGCUGGCGUGUUAGAGAGUCCAGUGAUGAUGUCCCCCAGAGAGACAGGUCUACACGCAGCACACAAGCGAAGCCAUCCAGAAACAGAAGAACCAUGGCAAAAAGUUCAAUGGAUGCACAGAAAAAAGGUUUUCGUGGCGCCAAGUCUGCCCCAAACUCGUCAAAACCAACUCAGACAAACUUGGUCCCAUUUGAAGUGAAGAUGGCUGAUUUUCCAGAGUUAGUUGGUCUUUCACUGCCCAAAACAGCUCAGAAAGAGACCUGCAGUCCAAGUCCUUCAUCAGCGAGCCCCCUGACUCCAAAUUUGGCAUCUUCCAUCAAGUCUGUUAAGAAAGGAUCCCCACCACUACAUGACACUCAACCAACUGUCAUUGAUGCUAAUCCAGACACCCUGGUUACCCCAGCUGGUCAGUCUGCAGCGACUUCCUGGGCUAAUAUUGCCUCUCAGCCUCCAAAGAAACCUGUUCCUAUUGACAACACAGCAGGCAGCAACUCCAUGCAGGACAUGGCUGCACAACAGGAAGAGGGAGCACCAGGGAAGAAAAAACGCAAGAAAAAGAAGAAGUCAAAAAGCACUGGUCAGGAAGUGGAAGCUGAGUCACAAGAGCCAACAAUUCCUCAAGAGCCUCCAAAAUUUGAGGAUGAAGAGGAGUUUCCAGGACUGGCUCUUGCUGGGACUGAUCGGUUAAUAAACAACCGAAAGCUUUGCAGUGAGGAAACACAAAAAGAUGGACGCCACAAUCCAUCUGGUGACCAGAACAAGAAGCAAUCACCAGCAUCAAAAACUCCCACAGAAACUGCUAAAAAGGGGCAGAAAGCAGCCACGGUUCCUGGGAAGAAGAGCAAGGUUCCUGUCCAACUGGAUAUUGGGAACAUGUUGGCUGCUCUGGAAAAAAAGCAGUCUCAGAAAGCCAAGCAGGAUGCCAAGCCACUCAUUCUUUCAGUUGGUGGAGGACUACCUGUUGUCCAGAAGCAAACAACAGUCCAGAAGAAGCCACCUUGGCAGCAGGAUAAAAUUGCACACAAUCCCCUGGACUCCACUAGCCCUUUGGUAAAGAAAGGCAAGCAAAGAGAGGUGCCCAAAGCCAAGAAACCCACUCCUCUUAAGAAGGUCAUUUUGAAAGAAAGAGAGGAGCGAAAGCAAAAGCGUUUGCUGGAUGAGAGAGCACUGCUGCCUGAAAACGAGUCCAAACUCGUCAAUGAUGCCUCAGAAGAAGAGCAGUGUGACGCAAAUGCCACAGUUUGUGCUUCUCAAACCUCAGAUGAGGCUGACAGUCCCACAGAGGGAUUUCAUGAUCAGACUGAAUUAAAUGGCUCAAACCAAACUGUGGAAGAAGGCGAUGAAGAGACUGACAAAGAUGAGAUGACCAUACAGCAGCAAACCACCUCACCUGAGCCUCACCCAGCCAGUGCUCCCAGAAUCCACAGCAGGAAAUUCAGAGACUAUUGCAGCCAGAUGCUGAGCAAAGACGUAGACGAGUGUGUGACGACUCUGCUAAAGGAGCUGGUUCGUUUCCAGGAUCGCCUGUACCAGAAGGAUCCAAUGAAGGCCCGCAUGAAAAGAAGGCUUGUGAUGGGCCUUCGAGAGGUUCUGAAGCACCUCAAACUUAGGAAGAUCAAGUGUGUCAUCAUAUCACCUAACUGUGAACGCAUCCAGUCCAAAGGUGGUCUGGAUGAGGCCCUUCACACCAUCAUCGACACAUGUCGUGAACAGGGGGUGCCGUUUGUGUUUGCACUCUCCAGGAAGGCUUUGGGGCGCUGUGUCAACAAGGCUGUGCCAGUCAGCCUGGUGGGCAUCUUUAACUAUGAUGGUGCACAGGACUACUAUCAUAAAAUGAUUGAGUUAUCAUCCGAGGCCAGGACGGCCUAUGAGGUCAUGGUGUCAAGUUUGGAGCAGCGAGAUCAGACAGAACAGGAAGUGAACCCUGAGGACCUGCAGAGCAACAUCUUGUUUGAGGAAGCUAAGCCUGGUCCAGACACUACUCAGGCAGACGAACCAGAAUAUAUAAAAAUCUGGAAGAAAAUGCUGGAGAAGGAAUGUAACCACACUUUUCUGAACUUUGAGGAGCGUCUGAGCUCCAUGCACUUGGACAGUGAAUGUACUGAAAACACUGAUGAAGAUGAGAAGAGUUGACAGUGGCGAAAGCUUUCGUGUCAAACAUAAGGAACCCGUUUGAGAUGGUCCACAGCUUUGAGGAAACUAGGAUGCCACAUGCAGAAAAUACAUUUUGAUCAUGUGGUUCUCACACAGGGGCCCACAACCUAAUCAGGACUUAAUCAGGUAAUCAUUUUAUGUUGGUAGGAUUUGAUAAGAUUUAAAUAAGGUCAAUCAAUGACUUAAAAGGACUGAACCAGCUACCAGGAGAUAUCCCACAAUAUGAAUUUUCAGCCAUGGGUAGACGUACAUCCACCAGUUAUAGAGUGGUAAUAAAUCUUCACUGCGUUUGGGAGCCAAUAUGUUGCCAUUAUAUUGCGUUUUCUUACUAUUUAGCUUGAAUAUAAAGUAUUUUUCUGGAAUGUUUGCUAUUAUUUGACAAGGAUAGCGAAGGGUGAGAGGCGGCUGAUCUGCAACAAAAGUCCCUGGCUGGACUUAAACCUCAGGUACAAACAGGCUCCAAUAAAAUAUCAUUGAGAGCUUCUGGAGUAGGAAAAUGUUGGGGGUGAAGGGGUGAAAUUCAGGUUAAAGAAUGUUAUAAAAGAUGUGUUAUUAUAGGAGGAAAAGUGAGAAACUUAGAUGCUCAUAUUUCCAACAUUGUCCAUGACAUUGACAAUAGCUCUUGCGUGUCUCAAUUUUUCAUGUCCAUUUUACACAGAAUGUAUAGUCUGUCAGAUGAAUUUCAGCCCUAGUCUAAGUCACCACAUCUACCUUUAGUUUAGAAGUAUAACUAAUUAAACUCAGAUUUAUCUUUUUUUUCUGUCUGAUUAUACUACAUAUUACAAAUUAAUGUAGCGUUGACAUUCUUUUCAAAGUUCUCAGUUGUCCGACAUAGUGAGGAAAGUGUAGAAAAUAAUGAUAACUCUGCAAAUUACAAUAAUCAGAAUUGCUUAGAGGUAAUCAUGUUAACUGCAGCUCUCAUGAUAGUUUGUUAUGUGUCAAGAGUAUAACAACUUAACUUAAAGAAUUGAUUAUAUCAGUUCCUGGACCAGUAUAUUGGGGCAUUUAAUGUUACCAGUAGUCUACAGUCUUAAACUUCACAUGCAUCUUAAAGUAAAUACUUGAAUUUUCCAAAAUGUUUCUAUUCCUUGAAAUGCUUUGGCCUAAGGUAGUUCAGUAAAAAAGCUAUUGGUAAUGAGACUGUGAAACAACAGGGAUUAAGUGUGUAAAGAUGAAGCUUGAUGUCCAGAUGUCCUGAUCUUGUAAAGAAAUAUAUUUUUGAUUGAACUCUUUUGUAAAUGUCUAUGUGUGUGUGUCCACAUUGAUUGCUGUCACACGCUUAAUUGAAAACUAAAAUUAAGGAGAGUUUGGAGGGUUUUUUCCCCAAGCAGAAUAAAUAAAAAGUUUCAUUUGAUGAAAGAUAACUGAAUGAUGUCCAAUCAUGUCACUGAUGUUCAACAGCAGUGGACUGGGAUUAAAUGUGACCUCCACUAACAACAUAAAGAUUUUGGUAUUUGUGGUUUCUUUACUAACAUUUGCCAAUGAUACAACAGCGAAUAAAUUUGGUCAGAAUUAAA